UAUGUGUAGAUCUUGAUGUGAGUCUUACUCCUUGAUGGUGCUCCCACCAGCUCUGUUCUGCUUGCCAAUGUGGGGGGAGGUGGAAGAAAGGCUGGGCUGACUCCAUGUAGGCUCUUGAGGAUCUGGUCUGCCAAGCCUCUCUCUGGCCAUGCAAUGCCUAUCCCUGCUUCCCAGCCUGAGCCUCUUCUCUAGGUGAUCAGGGCACCAGGCUGCUUCUUGCACUGACUGUCUUUUACUGUCCUCUCUCCAGGCCCACCUCCAUCCCACAGCCAUGUCCUGCUACGAUCUGUGCCGUCCCUGUGGCCCGACCCCGCUGGCCAACAGCUGCAACGAGCCCUGUGUGCGCCAGUGCCAGGACUCCCGUGUGGUGAUCCAGCCCUCUCCUGUGGUGGUCACCCUGCCCGGACCCAUCCUCAGCUCCUUCCCCCAGAACACCGCUGUGGGCUCCAGCACCUCCGCUGCCGUGGGCAGCAUCCUGAGCCAGGAGGGAGUGCCCAUCUCCUCCGGUGGCUUUGGCAUCUCUGGCCUGGGCAGUCGCUUCUCUGGCAGUAGGUACCUGCCCUGCUAA